AUGACCUAUACGCCACAAGAUCUGGACCUGGAAAGCGGUGGGUGUUCGACUGAUCACUCUGUCAAGACGGCAACGACGAGUGAAGCACGUCAUCUGCCGGCUCCAUUACAACAGCUGUGGUCACGGCUCGUUCCCCUGUUUAUGAGGAAGGAAAGCCACCAGAAGAGACCUGGGGAGAUUUUCAAGGUUCGCAAGAUCAAGGACGAGCCACAUGGAUGGCCAAAACUGUCUGCCGUCAUUGACAGUGACACAAAUUUCAUGAUCUACCGCAGAUUCGGGUGGACGCGGACAAGACUUCUGACCUAUCACCAAGACGUGGUGCGAGAGAUGGAAGACAUGCUAGGAAAACUAGAUCGGAAUGACUUUGCGGACGAAAGAUACAACGGAGCUAUAUGCUGGCGAGCAGGAGAUGAUGCAAGAGACCCAUCCCCGAGGAAAGCAUUGUUAGAAAACCUCACCAAACAUCUUCAGAUCUAUGACGAUUUGCUUCUUCGAUCACACAAGAUAUACCUUUUGGAUUCUCCCUCGGCCCACAAUCGUGAAAGUGUCGCUAACGCCAUCUUCAACGACGCUCAAUUUGCUGAGGAAGAUGCAAGCUACAUAGAACAAGUGGACGACCUUGUUACCUUCUGUGCAGAGAAAGAAGCCACCUGGGUACAUCGAAUCGCACAGUUUUUCUUUAAAGAGACAGGUAGAAGACUUCCAAGGUAUCUUUUCCGCAGCAAGAUACACACCAUGAAGACGGAGGGCGUCCUGGAAACCGACCUCAUAGACCUGUUCUCGAAGACAGCGCAUGAAGUCUUUGCAGCAACAGCAGGAUACUGUGCAGUCCUUGUGGUCUUCACAGCCCAGAAUACGGCCGAAAAUAAUCACUGA